GGAAUGGCGAUGUCAAAUAGCUUUUAUACCCUACUUCACCGAUUCGUUAUAACGCCGGAAACUCUAGAGGAAAAAGCCGAUAUCAUAAACGAAUUUUAAAAUCCCCUGAAAAUUGAUUUUUUGAUUGUCUGCUUAGACGAAGGUAUUUCUGACUUUCUCUUCAAUAUCAACACGAAUCUGUAGAAACUUUUCGUAAAACUAAUUUACUUAAUCUCGCGUCCCUAACGGUCUGCGGGAGCUACCCUGUAAACAGUCCCUAAUAAACAAGAUUGGUAUUGUCAUCUACGUUGGGAGCUUUUCAGGUCUUGGAUGAAACUCCCGAGUGUUAUUCAAUGUUGUAAGUCUUGUGGGGCAAUGUACUGCCUUUAAUAAAACAAAAAAUUCACACCCGUUUUAAGCCUUUUAUGUUGGGAGUUUGUUUCCACCCGGAAAGGGAUGGAAGAGCACCGGAGAGCGUUUAGCUUUUUGGUUGGACGAUUUCAUGGCGCGCAUGCGUGUUGUGUCUGAAGGGCGGGUUUAAAGGGAAGUAGGUGUUGACCCGCGGCUAACUGAAGCUGUUGUCAGCUUAGACCCGUGACUCCGCUGUUGCCGAGGGUUCGGAAGACGCAGAGGGGUGAAUUUAGGUGUCUGAUGGUUGCUUCUGGAGGGGUUGCUUCUUUGGCUGAAGAAAGCUAUUAAGCUUCUUGUGUGGGUGAUUUUGAAAAAAAUAGCAUUUCGGUUUUACCUGCUUGACUCCCUCUUCUCAAAUUUUAACUCCGCCUCCACAUCUGGUUGGUUUUGCACUGCCAUCUCUACGGUUGGGGAGUGCUCUGUUAUUGUUAUUAUUGCUUAUGCGGUCAUUCUCUUGUCAUCCUCACUUUCAGAUUCAUUGGCAUGGUGCAUUAAUAGACUGAGUGGGAUUAAUGGGUAAAUAUGUUCUAGUCGUCUCUAAUCCUGGAUUAAAUACCAAAUUGAAAUUUCUAGCUUUGUGCAUAGUCUGUUUAGACGUUUUAUUUAAAAGUUGAUGACUGCAUGUUUCAAAAUCACUUGAAAUUCACGUUUUCUUUAUCAUACUCCCACUUUAUUUCUUCUCCCUUACCCCUGCCCCCCCGAAAUCCUCAAAGCGGUGAAAAUUUUGUUCUGAAGUUUUAUGGACCCAGAAGAAAAUUCUGUUCAUAAUUGUGGGACUAGUUUUGUUACCAGUAAUAUGAAAGGCUCUGAGUUUAGCCCGGAAAAGAAAAAAAAGGUUAAAAUGCCAGCGAGGAGACUUCGUGAGGUAAUUUCUCCAAAUCAGGGAGAUAAUUUGCCUUUGCUGAAAGAUGAGUUGUCCCGUGUUCCUCCAGCGUUGUCUGCAAAUAAACGUCUUCCUGUUAGAACUGGGAAGAGCUUGAAUGGAACGUUAUGUGGUUCAUCAGACUUAACUUCUGCCAGAAAUUAUCAGCAGCCUCCAUUAGAAAAUCCCACUGUGUCAGAAAGUGAUUUUUCUAAAGAUGUUGCAGUGCAAGUGUUGCCUUUGGAUAAAACAGAAGAGAACAACAGACAAAAAGCAAAUGACAUCUUUAUUUCUCAGUACACUAUGGGACAGAAAGAUGCUCUAAGAGCAGUUUUAAAACAAAAAGCUCAGAGCAUGCCUGUCUUUAAGGAGGUAAAGGUACAGCUUUUAGAAGAUGCCAGCGCAGAAAAGGACCCUAUUAUUCAGGAGAGUAGAACUUCACCCAGUGGAAUUGAUUCAGCUGCAACUGUGGCCGCAGCAACUGCUGCCGCCAUUGCAACAGCAGCUCCACUGAUAAAAGUGCAGAGUGAGUUGGAAUCAAAGGUCAAUACUGUUACAGAAUUACUCAAUAAGUUACAGGAGACUGAUAAACAGCUACAACGCGUUACAGAGCAGCAGACAACCAUUCAGAAUAAACAUGAGAAACUACACUGCCGUGAUCAUGGAAAGCAAAUGAAUGUGUUUAUGGAGCAGUACAUUAGGCAUCUUGAAAAACUGCAGCAACAACAAAUAGAUAUUCAGACUCACUUCAUUAGUGCUGCACUCAAGACUAGUAGUUUUCAGCCUGUUACUGUGCCCCCUUCUAGAGCAGUGGAAAAGUAUUCUGUAAAACCAGACCAUUUGAAUUUUGGUAGCAGUAAUCUAUCUUCACAUAACACCUUUGCUUCCGAACAAGCACCUUCAAUAGAGGUUGAAGAUACCAAUUUUGAUAAACAGAAAUCUCCUUUGGAGACACCAGCACCUCGCAGAUUUGCUCCUGUACCUGUUUCAAAGGAUGAUAAAAUAUCAAGGAGGGAAAAUCCUAUGGAUAAAAAAGAAAAUAUGGAGAUGUCACGUCAUACAGAAAAUGUAGGACUCUUGGAACAAAUUUUGAAUAACUAUGAUUCUUUGACAAGAAUAAGUGAAUCUUCAGACAAAAACUUACUAACUAGAUCAAAAAUAGGAUGGAAUCCUGAGAGGAGAAACAGCAUUGACCCUCUAUCUACUCAGAAAUUUCCUUCCUAUGAAGAACUAGGAACAGCUAAAGUGACCGUGCAGAAGUCUGAUGAUAUUCUUCAUGAUCUUGGCCAAAAGAGGAACGAAACAAAUGGCAUACUCCAGCCAAAAGAAUCUCAGAUUGUGUCAGGGGUUGCUGAUCUUCCACAGAAUUCCAUUAAGCUUCAAAUAACCAAUACGAGAUCCAUAUUGAAAGAUGCUGAGAAGAUUUUGAGAGGAGUACAAAACAAUAAAAAAGUACUUGAAGAAAACCUGGAAGCUAUUAUUCGUGCAAAGGAUGGAGCUGCCAUGUAUUCAUUUAUCAAUGCUCUAUCUACCAACAGAGAGGUGUCAGAGAAGAUUCGGAUCAGAAAGGCAGUAGAUAACUGGAUUAAAACUAUUUCUGCAGAAAUUCAAGAUGAACUGGCAAGAAAAGAUUAUGAACAAAAGAGAUUUGAUCAGAAGAACCAAAGGACCAAGAGAGUUCAGAACAUGAGUAAAGAUAUUAAAACCAACACAAAAGACAAAACGGUAAACAACUCUGUAAUUCCAAGAAAACAUUCUCAAAAACAAAAAGAGGAGCAAAUUAGAAAUCCACCUACAAGGAGCAUGCAUGCUUCAAGCUUACAGAAAGAGAGAAAAGAGGGGUUUUUGAAAGCAACCACAGUGGUACAAGACAAGGAUUAUAUGUUACAAAUCUAUGGAAAACCAGUUUAUCAGGGUCAUCGCAGCACUCUUAAAAAAGGACCAUAUCUCAGAUUUAAUUCUCCAUCUCCUAAGUCCAGACCACAGAGACCAAAAGUAAUAGAGCAAGUUAAAGGCACUAAAGUAAAGUCAAUAAGAACACAAACUGACUUUUAUGCAACAAAACCUACAAAGACAGAUUCUAAACUGCAACAUACCAUAACUACACUGUCUCCUGGUGAGCAGCAGUAUUUGUUCAGCCCAAGCCAGGAAAUGCCUACUUUUUCAGGUACACUGGAAGGUCAUCUAAUUCCUAUGGCAGUUCUUUUAGGACAAACCCAAAGUAAUAGUGAUUCCAUGCCACCUGCUGGAGUAAUUGUAAACAAGCCACACCCUGUAACAGUGACUACUUCUAUUCCACCAUCAUCUCGAAAAACAGAAACUGGAGUAAAGAAACCUAACAUAGCAGUUGUAGGAAUGAAGUCAGAAAAAAGGGAUCCUCCUCAGCUUACUGUGCAGGUAUUACCCAAUGUAGAUAUUGACAGCAUUUCAAAUGGUAGUGCUGAUGUUGGUCUAUCUCCAUCUAGUCCCAAAGAAGCAUCUCCUCCUCCUCCUCUGAAAACCUGGAUACAGACUCCAGAAUUUAUGAAGGCAGAUGAAGAAGAGGUGAAGUUUCCAGGAACUAACUUCGAUGAAGUAAUCGAUAUCAUACAGGAAGAGGAAAAAUGUGAUGAAAUUCUGGAAUACUCUGAACCAAUUCUGGAGUUUAACAGAAGUGUUAAAGUUGUUUCUACAAAAUAUAAUGGCCCUCCGUUUCCACCAGUUGCUUCUACUUUUCAGCCCACUACUGAUGUUCUGGAUGAAGUAAUUCAGAGAAAAGAAACAUUGGAAAAUAGCUUAAUUCAAUGGGUAGAACAAGAAAUAAUGUCAAGAAUGAUCUCUGGGCUUCUUCCAGUCCAACAGCAGGCCACAGCUGACAUCAGUGUCUCAGUCAGUGAGGCCAGUGAGCCAUUGACUUCUGACAUUGUGGAAGGAACAAGCAGUGGUGCCCUCCAGCUUUUUGUUGAUGCCGGGGUUCCUGUGAAUUCAGACAUUAUUAGGCAUUUUGUGAAUGAAGCUCUUGCUGAAACCAUUGCCAUCUUGCUGGGUGACAGAGAAGCAAAGAAGCCAGGUCCUGUUGUUACAAGUGUUUCUGGGGAUGUUUCAAUAAGCAAAACACACUUGCUGGGAAGAGUGUGUACCCCAGUGGCUACCCCACAGCCAACUCCUCCUCUCUCACCUUCAUCACCUCCUGAGGAGCGUGUGUUGGUAAAAACUCCAGAUUCUUCUCCCUGUGUUUCAGAUCAUGAUGUAGCUUUUCCCAUGAAAGAAAUAUUUGCUGAAGAAGGAAAUAAUAUGCCUCCCAUCACACUUGUUAAUACUCCAACUGUUACCCCUGCAACUACACCUCCUCCCGCAGCAGCUGUUACCCCAACUUUGUCAGAGACUUCUAUUGAUAAAUUGAAGAUGUCAAGCCCAGAGCUUCCCAAGCCAUGGAGUAAUGGAGACCUGCCACUGGAAGAAGAGAAUCCCAACUCUCUUCAAAAAGAACUUCACCCGAGAGCUAUUGUAAUGUCUGUGGCCACGGAUGAAGAACCUGAGAGCAUGGACUUCCCUGCUCAGCCUGCACCUCCAGAGCCAGUUCCCCUUAUGCCGCUUCCUGCUGGCACCAAGGCCCCUUCCCCCAUACAGAUGCCAAGUUCAGAUUCAUCAACAAUGGAGAGUACCUUGAGCGUUACUGCCACUGAAACUGAAACCUUAGAUAGACCCAUCUCUGAAGGAGAGAUUUUAUUUAAUUGUGGUCAAAAAGUGGCUCGUAAGAUUUUAGGAGAUGAAGGACUGUAUCUGACAAACCUAAAUGAUAGCUUAUCCAGUACUCUGCAUGAUGCCCUCGAAAUGGAAGAUGAUCCUCCCAGCGAAGGACAAGUGAUUAGGAUGCCCCAUAAAGAAAUUCAUGCUGAUGCAAUUCUUUCUCUUCUUGCUAAACAAAACCAGGAAUUGUUAGUUUCACAGCAAAUGGUCUAUCAUUCAGAGGACUUGGAAAACAGUGUAGGUGAACUUAGUGAAGGACAAAGGCCCAGGCUGACAGCAGCAGCAGAGAACAUCUUAAUAGGACAUUCCGCCUAUAUGCAGCAGCCUGUAACUAACGCAGAGUCUUCAGAUCAGAGAUGUGCUCCUAAGCCAUUAUCUCAGCAGUGUGACACAGUUACAGAUGAUAUUUAUGAAGAUUUAUGUGCUAGUCAUGGUCCAAUGAGUUUGGGAGAAUUGGAGUUGCAGCCAGAUCCUCACCUUGCCCUUCCCACAAAACUUCUGACAACACAAGAAGAUGAUGUUAAAUUGUCAGUAGCAGCUGAAGAUUUUCCUCAGUACCAACAAAAACAAGACCAAGAUGUUAAGCAAGUUGAACACAAGCCAGUUCAAAGUCGUUUAAUACGUGUAAGAAAUAAAUGUGAUAUUUCACUUUCACAGCAACAAGCUUCACCAGGUGAUAUGGAUCGGACACAAAUUGAACCCAAUCUGUACCUAGCAUCCGUAUUUACAGGAUUAUUUCUGGCCAAGUUUCCAUCUGUAUAUAUUCAUAUAUUCUGCCAAGCACCUCAAACUUCUUGGAGUAAAAUUAUGUCUAGCCCUGGAAAUCCUGGUAAAGCUACAAGCAGACUAAAAAUUAUCAUUCACACCACAAGUGACGUGUGUAAGGGGUCCUGAUGCUCAAGAAAACAUAGCUGGUGAAAUGAUAUCUAGCUUCAACUUUUAUAUUCUUUCCACUAAACUUGCUGCUCUCUAAAUCUGGAAAGGCUUUUGAGAAAUCACAAAUUAGCCCCCGAAUGUGCCAAGACUGUCUCUAUGGAGGUGCAGCCUGGUAUAAAUCUUUCAGUGGUUCCACUAGAACCCAACAGUUUGGACUAUUGGUGUCGGAUUAUCGUGUGAAGCAAGGUUAGCCAGAGGGCCGUCAUGGAGGAAGGUUAGACUAUGUCCCUCUUCCUUUCCUAGGCAAUAUGAGAUUUAAGGACUGUUUAAGAUCCCUUUCUUCAACUCUUUAUGGAAUUGGAGACCAUCAUUAUUACCUUUAUGCUCUAUGUACAGUGAAAAACAUAGCUAUCCUCUUGGGACUGUCAGAGCCACUCUUGUUACUGAAUUUCCCCCUUUCUCCACAAGGGAGGAAGAAUCCUCCAAUACUUGGCAGACAUCCGUGGAGAUAUUUUGUGCAUUGUUGGUGUGGUCCAUGUACUGUGGUCAGUCCAUUAUUCAGUCUUAGGAUAACCUAAUUCAAAACCACCUGAGCCAUCAAACCAUCUAUGUAUUUAAGCUGGGUACAUGUGAACAUGCUGCAGUCCACUUUUUGGACCAAAUUUCAGUAUGAAAAUGCCUCCUUAUGAAUAGAGUGAUUAUAUAAUUCAUCAUCCAAAUCUGGACAGUUUUAAGAAUGAAAGGGUACUAAAAAAUUAAUUAUAUAGUUUUAAAAAAUGUACAUUUAUUAACCAACAAAUUAGUUUUAUUAGAAUCGUGGACCUAUGAAGUCUGUUCAAAGACUAUUUUCAAAAAAGAAAUUUUUCAAGAAUAAAAAUAACAGAACAGUGUACAUGAAGAAAAAAUUUUAAGUUAUUUAUAUCUAUUAUCUGAACUUUGAAAUGAUAUCAUCUGAAUAAUUAGUCUCGGUAUAUAUUAAUGUGCUUUAAUCAGUUGCACAGUGUUCUGUCUGAUAAUCAAGCCGAUUGUAUUUUCCUGAUUUUGUUUCAUAUGUUGUUAUUAAGUUAAAUGUUCACAUAUAAAUGCUCACAAUCAUCUUAAAGAUUAUAUUUUAAGGUUUAUAAAUUUUCAAAUUGCUAACACCUUAAAUUGGCUCUUGUCUGAGAAAAUACUCUCUAUAGAUGCUGAGAUACUUGUUAAGCUCAGAGCAAGCAAAUUCUGCUAAGUAAAACAUAUUUUCAAUUUAAGUUUUUAAUUUGAAUUUUCAAAUUGCAUAUUUCAGCCAAAUAAUUUCACAAAGACUGUCUUUUUGUCUCUAUUUAUGAUAACUAUUUCAACAAAUAAUUUUAUAAACAAAAGCUCAUUAAAUAAAGUUUUCACCAUUUAUAAAUCUUUUGACUCUUUUACCAAAUUUAAAUGCCCCCAAACUGUAGACCUUCUCAAAUUUCUUUCUGAAACAAAAUAUAAAUUUAUCCAGUUAAAAACAGGAAUUUUAUCAAAAGAUACUUCUUACAAGACGAGAUAUUCCCAGGUACAAUCACAGAAUUUCAAAUCCUACUUGGGGAUUAUUUGAACUCUCCUUUCUGGGUUGUUCACUUUCUAUCUUGCUUGUAUAGGGAUACAUUUCAAUAUCUUCUUAUUUUUAAGCUUUGUUUUUAGUAAUUGUGAUUUCAUUAAACUUCAGAAGCUGAACUGUUUGGCAUUCCAUUCAAUAAAUACUUUAAGUAUUUCCAGCUAAUUUGAAUGAAAUGGAGUCAAAUUUAGAAAACUUGUUUAUAAAAAUGUUCAAUGCCAUUGACGGGCACUUAAGUUGAUAUAGAAUAUAGUUCUUCAAGACUCAAGCAUUUCUAAAAUCUUAUAUCAGACAGGAAGGAGAGAAAGCAUGUAGUGCCAUGCUGGUAUAAUUUAGAGUCUUUAAUAUCAGGUUUGUAAUUCAGGAAUGCUAUGUGUAGGUAAUUAUAUUUAUCCAUUUUCCUAAUUGAAUCUUCUGUGGAUAUAACUACUGUAUAAAUUAUAUGAGCACUACACUAAUUGUUAUACACUUCUGUUCCAUAACUGGAGAACACUGUCUUUACCAUGACGGUCUGUUCUACCAAAACUUGAAUUAUUAUCACAAAAAAUUUUUAUUUUAAGUGUCAAACUUUUACAUGGAAUUUUAAGUAGCACUCACAAUAAUAUCAGACGUGGAAGAAUCAACGUCUAAAACCUCUACUUUGAUUCCAUGAACUGGAUGAAAAACAAUGAGCCAAUAUUGCAAUUAAAAGAUUUUUCUAUUUGAAGUAAAUGAUGACACUAACAUAAAACUGGUGGCAUUUAGUUGUGAUUCUAAUAUUAAUGGAGACAACACAUAGCAUCUCUUGUUCUACUUUUUCUAUGUGCACAAGAAAACUUGGAAUUGAAAAUAUAUUGGAAUGUGUUGAGGAAAACAGUCAUUUGAUUUAAACAUGAUCUAAACACAUGCUUCACACAGUGAGUAUAAAUGCACCUUCCGAAGCUUUAGUGGUUAACAUUUUUCCCAGCGCAUUCUUCUUAAAAUAACUAUUAAGCAUCGAUAUUGAUGCUUCCUUAGUAGAUUUAGUCUUCUGGCUCUCAUGUGGUCAGUGAUAUCACUGUGACCCCCAUAUAGAGAAUGAUAAACGUCAACAAACGUUUUGUCCAAGAAACAUGUUCAUCAUCAACUUUCUUGGAUGUUUAGUACUUAAUUUUCCACUAAAUAUACUCCUUCAUUUUUAUUGAAUUCAUUGUGGUCAAAAGGACUUAUUUCAGUAUAAACAUGUUAUCAACAAAAUAAACAGUUGUAGAUUUACAAUAAAUGGCUAAACUACCAUGUAAGAACUUAAUCUCUAGACUCUCUCACAUAUGUUACAGUAGCGUGUCUCUAUGUCUCGUGUUUUUCAUUGAUCCCAGCAUCUCUCUGGCUCUGAUGGAGUUCUCUUAAAUCUACUCCAGCUUAUCUUAAUGCAACAAUUGCUAACUAUACUUUGUUUAAAAAUGAAAAAUCGAGAAAAAGUUCUAAACCACGUGAGAUACUGGACAACAGGCCUAAACCAGGACUGUCCCAACCAAAAUGAGACAUAGAGACAUCCUGCUGGUGAAGAAUGUAAGCUCUGUUCUCCAACAUUCUAGGAUUUACCCAUAAACCCUGCACACUUGUCAAAAUAUCCUCAAUUACUGUUAUUAUAAUGUGAGACCUUAUGAAUUAAUUUUCCAUGCCAGACUGACCUUUAUUAUUAUUUUUUAGGUUAAAAAAAGCUAAAGUAAUAUUUAAUGAGGUAGAAUCUGUUAUAAACAUCAUCAAGUAAAACUGGCAUAUUAGAAGUGAAAAUUAUUAGUUUCUUUUUUAUAAAGUAGUUAGGAAGUUAAGUUUCAUUGUGUUUAUCUCCAUGCUUUCUGAGAUACUGUUGCUAUUAAAAAUGCCUUGUACUUAGAACUGCUAAAAUAAAAAUAGUGACAAUACCAAGUGCUGGUGAGGAUGUGGAGAAACUGGAUUUCUGACAC